AUGUCAAUACUAAUCUCCAUUGAAAUUGCCAAAAUAUCUAAAAUCCAUAUAUAUAUAUACCUGAUUUUUCACCGGUGCGACAGCACCACGUUCUCUCCAGUCGAAAUCGGCCGGCAGAUCAUUGGUCGGCAAAAUCGGCGCCUUAUUAGCGUCGGAAGGGAGGCGGAGCCGCCUGUUGAGGCCAAGGAAUUGGCGGCUGAAUUCGCUCGGCGUCAGAUCGGAGAAUCGCGUGACGCCGUGGACGGCGGUGGGGUCGAGCUUCUGGUGCCGCCACGCGCGGCGCAAGUUAGCCUUGAAGAUCCCGAACCUGCGGUCGUGCUCCUCCUGCGUGGCGUACGACUUUCCGAAUUUCCUCUUGAAGAUCGCGAAGUGGUGGUCGGCGUUCAGCAGCGUGUUCUCGUCAACGGCCCCCAAAUCCUCGCCGUGAUCCACCACCUGCCGAAUCAGAAGAUCGCCGCUGUCGGCGGCGCCUCCGACCGCGUCGGCGUCUGCAUCGGCGUCGGAGUAGGUAAACGACGUCGCGAUGAGGAGGGAGAAAAGGAAGAUUUUGAACAAAAGCCGAAAGCGUCUAUGAGUGGGGGACGGUGGUUGAUAAACCAAUGGGAUGUGAACACGUAUGGAAAGGGAAGAUUGAAGCUUGAUCUACAACUUCUUGUCAAAACUUCCUAA